CAUAAAAAAGGCUUCCUUCAGUUGAGUACAGGAUAUAAGCGUGAGCGGUACAAAAGCGCGCUACAGCAAUCGAAGCUCGGAAAAAUAAGACACACAUACACAACUAAAUACUAUUAACCGCUGCAACAACUAAAAGCCCUCAAACAAAAAUAAUACAAACAAAUAAAAAUAGAGAAAAAAAAGCAAUCUCCCCUAACAACUGCAACAAUCUAAAUACAACAAUAAACGCAACAACAACAUCUACUCAACAGCAACAACUACAACUACUAUCACCGAAAAAAGAAAAUACAAACGGCAAUUUCGUAUUAAUUUUAUUUGCGCAUACAUUUUGCCGCGUGCUUAUAAAAAUUUACAUAGAAACCAACACCAAAGGAAGCAACAACAACAACAACAACAACAACUACAACAGGAACAACAACAACUGCUGGAUGGCAAAGUGGAGUACACGAAGAGGGUCCUGGUUAACUGCUGACCCAGCCAGCCUACGACUUUAGAUGAGCUCUUUGUGUGACACAUUAAAUUUAAAUCCGCCACGCCCACAACGAGAACGGAGAACGAAAAGUGCUGCAACUGAAAAACAUUUUUAUACAGAAACCCAAAAAGCAAACACUAAAUGAACAGCAGCAACAAGCACAAAAGGAACAACUUUAGUGAUAUGGAACUGUGCAUAGCAAUAAAGUCAAAAGCUCAAAGUUCAAUGCAAAAAUGCCACCAAAAUCAAAUGAAUCAAGUGAAUACUCAACUAAGCAGCCGCCAGCAGCACAGAAGCCACAUCAACCACAGAGAUCGAGACCACCUGAAAAAGCAACAAGAAAACCAACGAGUAACUCCACAAGAAAAUCAACAACACAUCAACAUCAACAGAAGCAAAACUAGCAUCAUCGAAAUCAUCCAAAACUAUUGCCAGAGACUUUGUCAGCUGCUGCUGCCGCUGCUAAUGUUGCUGUUGCUCCUGGGCCUGGCCCAGCCAUCAGCUGCAUCGCCAGGCAGCAGCAGCAGCAGCAGACGCGAUGCUCUCCUCGCCUACUACAAACGUGCCCAGUUGCGACAGAGCGACUCCUACGGCAUUCCAGAGUAUCAACAGCAGCAGCAAACGCUGCGCGAAGCUGCCGCCUUUGAUUUUGAGGAUCUAACGCCCACGGGCAACGUGGUCUCGGUGCUCAGCAACGCGGAUCGGCUGCGCAAGCGUAGUGCCACCUCAACCACUGCCCAAACUGCAGCGCCAACAACAACAACAACUGCAGUCCCAGUGACAACAACUGUUGCAGCAACAGCAGCCGAGGCGGCUGCUAGCAGCAAAGCAACUGAGAAAUGCGAGCCAAAAGUGUUGGAAACGCUGCCGGAUGAGCCUUUCUACGACUUUAGCGAACUAGCUGCGGAUGCAGCACGCCAAUUCACAGAAUUCCUCACGUAUAAAUAUGCCAACACGCCCAUUCCCAACGAUGAGCAGACACGCUCGGAGGUUAGUCGACGAGCGAACGCCAUUGCCAGCUAUGCACUCAACGAGGAUGAGAAUCUGUUGGCCUUUGCCAUCGCAGCGCCCAGCAUACACACCGUUGUCGUUAAAUUCAGGGACAAUGUGACGAUACCACCGGAUCAGGUGCAUAACAAGGCAUAUUUGGGCUCAUAUUGGCGUGAGUUGGGAGCCGCGUGGAACAGCAGCGAUGGAACGAGGGAGUGGGGCGCACCAUUUCGUGACUGCAACCUGUUGACGGGUCGCUGGUUGUGGCCAUUUCGCAUAUCAUUCACCGAGCAGCCAAUCAAAAUUGUUGCAGCCGCAUUUGUGGCCGCCGAUGAGGAUGUGUGCAACGAUGGCCUCGAAGAGGUCUUUGGACGACGUCACGGCUGCGAUCGGAAUACCACAUUCUGUCUGCUAACUGAGAACAAACCGAUGGCCACACGCGAUGUCUACACGUGUCUGUGCCGCGAAUCCUUUUACCUGCCAAACUCAACACUUCAGGGCUUUCGCGGCGAUCUCGUUGAGAUGAGCGAGGGCUACGACAACUUUUCGUGUGUGCCGUGUCCGGGUGGCUGCACCAACUGUGAUCUGCACGGCGUUUGCCUCAACUUUCAGGAGGAGGAUGCCAUCAAUCUGGAUGCCUGUCUGCGGCUGCUCGUUGCCAUUGUGCUUGGCGCUUGCAUUCUCUGCUGCGUUGUCCUCAGCGUCAUUGUCUUCAGGCAGCGUAAAUGCAAGGCCAUUGCAUCGGGAAUGUGGACCGUGCUGGAGACCAUACUACUCGGCAUUGUUUUACUUUAUGCAUCGGUUGCCGUCCAUUUCUUUCCCGCCUCCACCGAACGCUGCUUGCUGGAGCCUUGGCUGCGCGAGAUCGGCUUCAUCACCUGCUACGGUGCCAUAAUUUUGAAGCUGUAUCGCCAUCUCGUUGACUUUCGCACACGCAAAGCGCAUCGUUGGGUGCUCCGUGACGUUGAUCUGCUCAAAUAUCUGGGCACAAUGGUGUUUGCCGUUGUCUGCUACAUGGCUGCGUUUACGGCCUCGUCGUUGGAUCUGCUGGAGAGUGCGCAGCUGAAGAGUUUACGUGAGGCGAGCACCAACACUUGUCAUCCACUCAAAUGGGAGCUGGUGACGCAGACAAGCGAGAUGCUCAUACUGUGCUUUGGCCUCCACUUGGCCAUCGCCAGUCGCAAUGCCAACACUCAGUUUCGGGAGCGACAAUUUCUGGUCACCACGCUGACGCUGGAAUUUCUGGUGUCGUCCAGUUUCUAUUUUCUGCGCUUCGUUUAUCUGCCGGAAAUGAGUCCGGGUGCCAUUUUGCUGGCGCUCUUUAUACGCUCGCAGCUAACGAAUAGCUUUGCGUUGGGUUUGAUAUUUGUGCCAAAAUUGUGGUAUCAGCACAAGCAGGUUCGUUCACUUGCGUACGAUCUAUCAAUGCGUUUACCUGUGGAUGCUUUCAAGGGUACGUCACACGAUGCCGGUCAACGCUUGGGCGGCGGCUAUGCGGGUUUAUGCCUGGGUGAUCCCGACAUUGGUGAACUGACCAUAUCCGAAAUGAGUCCCGAGGAUAUACGUGCCGAACUCAAAAGACUGUACACGCAAUUGGAGAUUCUGAAGAACAAAACACUGCGUCAGGAUAAUCCGCAUAUUAGCAAAAGGCGCGGAGGUCGCAAGGCGGGCCAUCGUCGCUUCUCAUUGCAAAAAAAGGGCAGCAAAGAUAAGGCUUUAAGUGCCAAACAUCGCAGCAAUAAGCAUCAUCAGGAUAUUGAAAUAACCGAGGCAGAACCUUCACGUACACCCGAGGAUUCAGUCUGCAGUGGGGAGGGACCGACCGAUACCUAUGCCGAAAUAUCCGGUAUAUCGCAUUCAAUGCUAUCACAUUCGAUGGUCUCACAUUCUGUUGUAUCGCAUUCCAAGUAAAAAUAGAAGAAAAGUAAAAGUAAAAGUAGAAAAGCAAAAGCAAAAGCAAGAGCAAACGUAAAAGCAAAUCAAUGAUGAUAUGUGGCUAAUUGCCAAAUUGUAUAUAAACUUUAUGAAAACCAAAUCAGAAAACAUUAACAAUACGAUAUAUAUUAUAUAUACUAUUAUUAUACAUAUACACAUAUUUAUACAUAAACAAGUGAAUGUAUGUAACUGAGAAUUAGGUGCAGCAUUAUAACAAAUAGCGCAACAACACAAACAAUAAAAGAAUUACUUUAAUUUUUGCAAUGAUGCUAAAUCAUGAUCAAAAGCAAAUGUUGACAAAUGAAAUGAAAAAGAUGAGCAAAAUAUACAAACAAUAAAAAACAUUACUUUAUUUUACCAAAAUGGAAUAGAACGUGUUGAGUAACAUACUUACAACAAAUGAAAAUGAAAAUGUGCAUGAAAGCAAAAACAUUUUUGUACAAUUUUGAUAAAUUUUUAGAGCUGUUUUUUGUGCGUGUGGUCUAAGUUUUGUUUUUCAAAAAAUAGAGCAAACGAGUUGUGUGACAAGAGCAAAAUGAAAAUGAGACAAACAAAACAAAAUGUUAAAAUGAAAACGAGAAAAAUUCAAAAACAGAGCCCACCUGUGUAGGUAACGUUAAAAUAACUGAAUGUAUAAAGCAAAUAAGACAUCUAUCACUUAUUUGUUAUUGCUAAACAUUUUCUUGUUCAUAAUUAAUCUCAGUAUCUAACUUAACUAUUUCCGUUGAUGCCAACUAAGUUCCUUGAAAGUAACUAUACACAACAGACAGACAGACUUGUUAACAAUUCAAACUCUGCGCUAAAAACUAUGCUACAUUUUUUUGGCCAAAUGAGAAAUUGCGAACAAGUCUGACUGACAAUAAUUUGCCCUUAAUUUGUAUCCAAAUAACGUAAUGUAAUGAAAAGAGAAUUCCUAAUGGUCGAUUGAUGGCUAGCUAAAUCAUUUAAUCAGCGAUUAAUCAGUUGUAAAUUUGAGCUUAUAGGCAUUAAAACGUACUAGAGAAUUUCCUCCCCCCCCCAAACAUAACACUACACAAUCGACGCCUAGAUUUUAACUAUGUAUGUACUUUAAUAACUUUAAUAAUUGUAUUGUAAAACCACACAAAACUAUUAUUUGUAUAUAUACUCAAAUAUAUAGAUAUAUAUGUAUACAUAUAUACAGAUUUGCAUAUCUGAAGUAUGCGCAAAAACAAAAUAUAAAA